CGGGCACCUGGUUCGGCAACCCCUUCUACCUGAUCAAGUGCCACCUGCAGUCGCGCUCCGAUGCGCCCAUCGCCGUCGGCCACCAGCACGGCUACGCGCGAAUGCGCGACGGCUUCAGGGAGAUCUACGCGGAGCAGGGCGUCCGCGGCUUCUGGACCGGCGGCUCGGCGGCCCUCCUCCGCGGCGUCGUCUGCGGCUCCGUCCAGAUGACCACCUUCACCGUGCUGCAGAGCUACUUUGUCAAGAGCGGGAUCUUCGCGCCCCAGAGCUGGACCGGGACGAUGACCAGCACCGUGCUGAGCAGCUGCGCCCUCUGCCUGGUCUCCAACCCCGUGGACGUCAUCUCGACGCGCCUCUGCAACCAGGAGGUCAAUGCGGACACCCGAAAAGGGGUCACCUACCGCGGCAUCACCGACUGCGCCCUGAAGAUGUACCAGACGGAGGGCCUCUACGGCUUCUACAAGGGCUUCACCGCCUCGGUGAUCAAGAACGGGCCGCACACCGCCCUAGCGCUCUUCUUCUGGCAGGUGCUCCGCAAGCAGUACGUCGGCCUCUUCAAGAGCGAUGGGGGUGGUAAAGGCGGUGAUGGCAGCAAAUGA